GCCAUGAUGGCCCCGGAGCCAAUACAACAAAAGAAGAAGAAAUCCGACGUUGCCCGACCGUGCCCGACGUGUAAACGUAGUCUAUACUUUAUGUCAAUGAACACAAUGACUUUUAAUGCUUUUAAUUAUAAUUUUUGUCUUUCAACAUUUUGUCUGCUUAUCAAUUAUCCAUUACUCUUACCGGUUGAAUCGUUCCCCUUUGGUAGAAGCGUAUGAAGUAAAAAUUAGGAAUCGUGACAAGAAGACAAAUCUUAACCUAAAUAGUUGUCAACUUUAACGAUUAAUCUCGCUUUGUGCGACAAUUCUUUUCUUAUAAAACUAAUGUUUUUGUGUUGUUUUUACACAAAAACGUCAAUUGAGUAAAUUUUUAAUAAUAUUCAAGUGGAACGGAUUAAAGUAAAAAAUUCUCAAGUUUGAACUAUGCAGAACCUAACCAAGUGUUCAAAGAGAAACUACAUAGCUCCAAGCCGGAUAUUCAAUUUUUCAUCUAAAACUAUUUAUUUCUCAAAGGAAAAGCCAAUAUUCAACAUUAAAUACGUCAGUUGCACGUAUAAUAAUGGAGUUCAUAGAUUGCUUCUUCCCGUAUCUUAUCACACUUAUAGGAAGAUUCAUAAAGAAUUCCACGCUAUACAAUCUGCAUUAUUAUGUAGCAGUAAAUUGAGCUUACCUUCAAGAUUUGUCAAUAUCAGAUAUUUUAGUACUACGUGUAGUAACGCCAAUGAACAAUCACCAAAGAAAUCAGGUUUAGAAAAUCCUAAUGAUAAGAAGCCUGAUGAAAAUGAUGAUAUGAAAUCAGUUAUCACUAAGCUCUCCAUGUGGUUUAUGUUGUUAUAUGUUAUCCUACUUGCAUUGAAACAUCAGUUAGGAAUGCAUUCAGAUACACAACCUUCAGCAUCUGUUUCCUGGAAUGAAUUCGUGUAUGACAUGUUGAACAAAGGAGAAGUUGAAGCAAUUAUUAUAAAUCCUAAUUUCGAGAACGUUAUAAUUGUGGUGCAUGAUGGCGCUAUUAUUAAAGGAAAAAGAAGUCUGUACAAGAGAUAUAUCAUGGCUGUCCCAAGUAUUGAGAAUUUUGAAGAGAAAUUGAGGAAAGUGGAAAAAAAUCUUGGUAUAAAAGCUGGCCAAGGAGUACAAAUAAUUUAUGAAAGGAAGACAGAAUACAUAGCGAGUACCGUGGGACUUGUAUUUAUUGCAUUGUUAGCCGCCAUUGCCUUUAGUUUUGUGAGAAAACGUUUUCCUUUUAAACCCUUCGAAAUUAUUUCGCAAAUGAAACGAGCAAAAUUUACUCUAGUCGAUCCGAUAAUAGGAAAGGGUAAGGGUGUACGUUUUGUGGACGUAGCUGGAUUGAAGGAAGCAAAGAUAGAAGUAAUGGAAUUUGUCGAUUAUCUGAAAAAGCCAGAACGUUACAAAAUACUGGGUGCUAAAAUACCACAAGGCGUUUUGCUCUUGGGACCUCCUGGGUGCGGUAAAACAUUACUAGCUAAAGCUGUGGCGACUGAAGCGAGCGUACCUUUCCUAUCUAUGAACGGCUCUGAGUUUAUCGAAGUAUUUGGUGGUUUAGGUGCUGCUCGAGUUAGAGAUUUGUUCAAAGAAGCUAAAAAAAGAGCACCAAGUAUUGUAUAUAUUGACGAAAUUGACGCAAUUGGGAAAAAACGUUCAGAGAGCUCACUCGGAAUUGCCGAUCGUGAAUCCGAACGAACAUUAAAUCAACUUUUAGUAGAAAUGGACGGGAUGAUAGCGAAAGAGAAUGUUAUUAUACUGGCCUCGACGAAUAGGGCAGAUGUGUUAGAUAAGGCGUUAUUGAGACCCGGCAGAUUUGAUCGACACAUUUUAAUCGAUCUUCCCACAUUGGAGGAGAGACAACAGAUUUUCGAAACUCAUCUCAAAAAAAUAUCUUUGCAAGACAAACCAUCAAGAUAUUCAGGAUACCUUGCAUAUCUCACGCCUGGUUUUAGUGGUGCCGAUAUAGCGAAUGUCUGCAAUGAAGCCGCGCUUCAUGCCGCGAGGGAUAAAAAGAAACAAGUAGAUAGCAGCGAUCUUACAUACGCGAUUGACAGAACGAUCGGUGGUUUGACGAAGAGAAAUAAUACAUUAACACCAUCUACAAAACGUGUCGUCGCUUACCAUGAGGCUGGUCAUGCUCUAGUAGGAUGGUUGUUGGAGCAUACUGAUGCCUUACUCAAAGUAACGAUAGUGCCGCGAACCAAUUUAAAACUGGGAUUUGCGCAAUACACAGAAUCUGAUCAGAAACUCUACAGUAAAGAGCAGCUCUUCGAGCGCAUGUGCAUGACAUUGGGUGGUCGAGUCGCAGAAUAUGUGACAUUUGACAAGAUCUCGACUGGUGCUGAAAAUGAUUUAAAGACGGUGACGAAAAUGGCGUAUCAUCAGGUCCAACAAUUUGGAAUGAGCCCAGCUGUGGGUUUAGUUUCUUUCGAUGAGGAGCAGACCAGCACGAAAAGUAAAAAACCAUAUAGUAAAAAAUUAGCCAAUUUAAUGGACGCUGAAGUAAGAAAAAUAAUAGGAGAAGCGUACGAACGAACUCGGCAACUGCUUUUGGAUAACAAAAAUAAAUUGGAUACGCUUGCGGAAGCCUUAUUGAAAAAGGAAACACUGUCGUAUGACGACGUGGAAAAAUUAAUUGGACCGCCACCAUAUGGAAAAAAGCGGCUUGUGGAAUCAGCGGAGUUUGAAAAUUCUGGUCCAGCUAGAGAAUCCCCAUCAGUAGAGAGAGAGCCGGCAGAGUGAAACGUGUUAAAUAUAUUUUUUUGUAGAUAUUUAUAUUCUGUAUAAAAAAAAUUGGUACAAUAAAUAUUAAAUACAUAAAAAAAA